AUGUUCCGGCUGGCUAUGGAGUUUGAUGAAACUAAUGUGGAUGAUGAAAAGGAGGCUCGGGUGUUCUUGGAGAAAUACAUAGAUGAUGUGGCUUCAAGAGGUAUGUUAUCUUAUAAUCUGUCCUUAGAUCAUUUUUUAUAUGCCUGUGCCACACAAUGCAUGUCCCUCUGCUACACAAGUAACUAUUUCUUUAAAUAAAUUAUACCAUAUUCCAUAGUCUUUGAACAUUAUUGCAGAUAGCUGCUGCAUUCUUCGUUUAAAUUGAAGCCCUUUGCAGCUUACAAUUAUCUUACUUCAAUAAAAUUAAUGAUAACAUUGAUUCUGGUAAUUGAUACUUUGUCAGCUAGCAGCAAUACCAGUAUUACAAGUAACUUUUUCUUCGACCAAAACUUUGACCUAUCGCAUAUGGGCAUUUUUUUUUAUCCUAAGACGAGCUUCACAAAGGUGUGUCAGAAACCUACAGUGGUAGCAACAUGCAAUUACUGAAAACCAUUAAAAUAUAAUAAGAAAUAGUAGAUCUUCCAGUAAUACAAGGCUCAAAGAAUGAGAAUGUUUCUUUAAGAAUUUAUAAUUAAUUUAACAUGUUUUAGAGAGUAGAAUAAGACUGUGUACCCACAGCUCAAUGUAUGACUUGUGUUAUUCUUUGUAUGGUUUUAUUUCCUCAGAAGAAGAUUCAGAACAAGAAACCCUCAAGGACCUGUUACAGUUCUGGACUGGUUAUCCACAGUUGCCUCGUGACACCUUAUGUAAACUGUGGGUGAAGUACUGUCCUCAGCAACCUUCCAAGGUCUUGGCUGAAGCAGACACCUGUACACUCACCUUACGGAUUCCUACCACUCAUCAACAGUAUGAGGAUUUCAAAAGGUUCAUGGACUGUAGUAUUGCUCAUGGAAAGGUUGGCUUUGGAAGAAUGUGACAGAAAUGUUCAUGCUUAGUACUAAAUUCACUGGUAAUAAUAACUUGGAGUAUGAAAUUUAUUUGGAGCAGGAUGCAGUGCCAUAACAUAAACAGUUCUGCAUAUACAUGUAGUUGUAAUAUUUUACUUGUGUACAUGUUCAUGUAGAAGAUACAUGUAUGUGUCAGACAAUAUCAUUUUGACUCAAUUUUUUGUAAUUCUUGUGGGUGAGUUUGUGGGCUAUUUGUUGCAAAGGUUGAUCCUAUCCCUGCUCCACACUAACAGCACUCACAUCAGCUGAAGAACUACAUGUACAUGUAACCAACUAUUCAUUAUCUUGUAGAAAAUAAAUUUAUUAAGCAGUCUGCCAAAGUUCAAAUACAAAUAAUUUACAUCACUUUAUCAGGAUAGUUUAAAAAAGCACUUGCAUUCGUAAAGUUUUAUCCAAACCUUUCAAUCAUGCUUGGUCAUUUUAUACAUGUUGGUACAGUAUGUACUGUAAGUCUCUUAGUGUUUUCAAGUUGAAAUUAGCAGCCAUUAUUAAUUUUUAGUCUAGAAAAUAUCACUGAC